CAAUACCUAACAGCUGCUGUAUCAUGGCAAAGAUAACUUUUAAGUAUAUAUAAUCACUGAUAUAUAUUUAAACACAUCUUGUAGUGGAUUAAUUUAGUUUCAACGAAUAGUACGAUCGACAACUUUGUAUUGAAGAUGGUUCUUUCCAUGGAUAGAUGGGUGGGCAAAGUUGCCAUAGUAACUGGUGCAAGUUCUGGAAUCGGUGCCGCUAUUGCAGAUGCUCUUGUCGAACAAGGCUUAAUCGUUCUAGGAGUAGCCCGUCGUUCCGAACGUGUGGAAGAACGUGCCAAACAACUUUCCGGCAAGAAAGGAAAACUCCACGCCAUCAAAGCUGACUUAACCAAAGAGGAAGAUAUUUUGAAAGUCUUUAAAUGGACUAAAGACAACUUAGGACCCGUUCACAUUCUAAUCAAUAAUGCCGGAAAAGGAACUUAUACACUCUUAACAGACGGAAAAACUGAAGACUGGAAAUCAGUUUUUGAUCUAAACGUCUUAGGACUGUGCAUUGCCACUCGAGAAGCUAUCAAAGUCAUGAAAGAGAAUAAAAUCAAUGGCCACAUCAUACACGUGAACAGCAUUCUGGGUCAUCAAGUGCUAGCUAUACCAAAUUCAAACGUCUAUCCUGCGUCGAAAUUUGCUGUUACCGCUCUCACUGAAACUUUACGGCAAGAAUUAAACCACCAGGGACUCAAAAUCAAAGUCACUAGUGUUAGUCCUGGUCUGGUUAUUAGCGAAAUGAGUACCUUAAAUCCGAAUCUACCUCAAGACAGGAAAUCUGCUCUGGAGAAUAUGCCUAGUUUGAAAGGUGAAGAUAUUGCUGAUGGUGUUGUGUAUGCUCUAUCGACUCCAGAACAUGUUCAGAUCCAUGAGCUUACUAUUAAACCUGUUGGUGAAGACGUUUGAUAAGAUGAAGAGUAUUUAAGAAGUUUAACGAAACCAUUUACUAAUUUUAUGAAGUGUAGUGUUCUAUGUUUGAAAUAAGACAGGAAUUUAUAUAAAAUGAAGUAAUAAUAAAUGCCAGAACUUA